AUGUUCAAGCGGGUCAACAAGCUCUCAAAGAAGCGCGAGCAGAUGGAGCUCGAUGGCGGGCCGGACGACCUUGGCUUCUCGGCAUCCACCUACGCCAACAUGGACGACGACUCCAGCUCCGGCGAGGAAGACGACGACGACGACGACGAAGAAGAAGAAGACGAAGAGCAAGACGCGAGCGCAUCCGAUGACGACCAGAGCUUAGGGAAGAGGAAGAGGGGCAGCGACGAAGACGGGUCCGACGAUGAUGAAGGGCAAGAGGGCGGCGACGAGGACCAGGACGAGGAUAAUGACGGCGAGGAUGACGACGACGACGACGACGAAGAGGAACCCCUGCCCAUGACGAUCGACGAAGUCUUUGAAGACCCCAUCUACAUCGACCCGUCGAACCCCAUGAAGUCUGGCGUGCACGAACGCAGCUGCAUCGUCUGUCCUGCGGCCAGGCUCAAGAGCGACGAAAUGAUCGAGGUGCACCUCAAGAGCAAGCCCCAUCAUCGACGCAUGGAGCGAUUCAAGAAGUUUGUCGAUGCAGAGCUCGUCGACGAAGAGGAACGGGACAUUGACCCGCGCGACGCCAUCAUCGCAAUGGACCAGCUCCAGGCCGAGCGCGACGGCGAAAAGCGCAAACAGGCCGCCGCCGCCGCCGCCGAGGCUGCGCCCGCGAGCAAAGCAAGCGCUUCUGACUCUGCUGCCAAGAAGAAGGUCGACGCAGGCAAGGAGGCCAAGCAGGUCGAAAAGCACGAGAAGAAGCUGGCAAAGAAGGCGGCUCAGAAGGCGGCCGCCGAGGCUAAACGCGCCGCUGCGGCAGCGUCGGGCGUCAAGCCCGGCUAUCCGACGUCGGCCUCGUCGCCCACAAAGUCGACGGCAAAGAAGCUCAAGAGCGGCGAGGGGAAGAACAAGAAGGACCAGAAGGCGUCCGGCUCGGACGCUCCAUCGAAGUCGAAAGCUGCGUCGCCCAAGAAGGACAAGAAGAAGAAGGAAAAGACAAAGGCGUCCGCGUAG